CUGUAGCGCAGCUUAUAUGUGCAAAUAAGCAAGGGCUCUCACGCUGUGAAAUAUCGAAAGCGCCAACGGAAAAACGGUCUGUUCGGGCUGCCCGUGCUGCGGGCACUGCUGAGGGUGGCUGGAUUAAGAGCGUCUGAAGAGUGCCACCGAGAAAUGGUUCACGCCGUAUGCUGAUUGUUUUGGAAGGGGCUGAUACAGCACUGUUGCACUGUUGGCUACUCACUGCUGCAAACAUGUUUCGCACUACACCGUCUGAAGGUUGAAGGAGUUAAAGCGCAAGAACUUCUACUUCUGUUGUUUCAAUUUCACGUUUGGACACAGAGGAUACAAGGUGUAUUCGCGUGCAAUGAUCAAAGAUGAAGACUGCAGGGGUCUGCGGUGGCCGUCUCUUCACAGACAGCUACUGCAACAUCUGUAAUGCCCAGCUGAUCUCAGAGUCCCAACGCACGGCACACUACGAGAGUAAGAAGCACGCAAACAAAGUGCGCCUCUUCUACAUGCUCCACCCAGAAGAUGGAGGCCCACCCUCGAAGAGACUGAGACCUGAUAACCCUGCCUGUGCUGAAACUGAGGUGGACAGGAAUAAAUGUUGCACCCUGUGUAAUAUGUUCUUCACCUCUUCCAUCGUGGCACAGUCUCACUACCAGGGUAAGACGCACGCUAAAAGGAUUCGGCUAGUACUGGGAGAGCCUCAACUUCUGCCAUCUGCGGACUCUCCUCUCGGCUCACGUCCCCCAGCCAUGCCCCAGGCCUCCCCGACGUCUUGGUCACUGGCCAAUGGAAGCAGAGAGACGUCUUGGUCACUGGCCAAUGGAAGCAGAGAGGCGGGUAAAUUCUGCUGCCUGUGCAGAGCGUGGUUUAAUAACCCACUGAUGGCCCAGCAGCACUAUGGAGGGAAGAAACACAAGAAGAACGCUGGCAGAGCACAUCUCCUGGAGCAGCUGAUAGGAGGCAUGGACACCAUGCAGACCCCAGGCCUUCAGAGCACGUAUACCUGUUAUGUAUGUGCUGUGACUCUGAAUUCCAUCGAGCAAUACUAUGCCCACCUGCAAGGGUCGAAGCACCAGAACAACUUGCGGCAACACCAGCAGGACUAGCCGUCGGGCUUCCAUCUGGGCGGAGGACCCUCUGCUGGCACUGUGUGCUGGCACUGUUUGAAACAAGCAGACCUACAAGUCAUACAUCUCAAAUGAACUUCAGUCGGUGUUCACAUCAUUCGUGUUGCUGUCCUGCUGCAGAUACAGAUCACCUGAUCGCCAUUGUUGUUGGUGCUCUGCUGAAUUUUGAUCAUUGCAUUACCAUUUUCCGUCACAGUGUUCCAUGCCAUGGCUAUCAGAUACUGUAUCCACUACAGGUAUAAACGCUAAUC